UCUGUUGACAGAAAACUCCACAGAAGAGCUUUCCUUGCCCAAGAGCUCACUGAUUCUUGUGCCUGUACCUAGAUUUUGGACAUUGAGAUGUUUUCUCUCCUAAGACCUUGUUAGGACGCUUUUGUGGCUUAUAGUCAGCCUACCUUGAUGCUGGUAGGACACUAUCGCACCGCGCUUCAGACUGUGGAGCCAUCACGAUGAACAUUCCUCCAGCACUCAGCCUUCAGAGUAUGCAGGAUGCAGCGGCUGCCGACACAAGCGCUGCGUAUUGGAGAGCAGCAGCUGCUGCCGCUGCUGCCGCGGCCGCAGCGUCGUAUCUUCCGCAUGGACACGGCCACGCGCACGCGCCGUCCACCCCCGGACCAGGCGGUGUCGGCAUGGCGAUGCACGCGCCGAACUUCCUCAUGCAACAAGCUACCACGGGCCACGUCCGGUCGCCUUCGCCGAACUCUAUUGCCGCAGGAACCAUGGCUGGCCUCGCCUUCUCCUCCUCCGCCGCCGCCGCUGCCGCCGCUGCGUCCGCUGGCGCGGCGAUGAUGCAGAACUCGCUGUCCAUGCACGCGCGCUUCUUCCCCUCGCUGCACCCGCAUGCGCACGCCGGCCUCGCGCAGCAGCACCAGCUGCACCAACUGCAGGCCGCCGCGGGCCUCCCAGGAAUGGCAACACCGCAGGUGGUGCUGGGAGCGCACGCGCAGGCGUCCAUGCCCCACAUGGGGCUGCUCCCAGGCCAGCAGGUGGCCAUGCAUGGCCAGACAGGCAUGCUCCCUGGCCUGCCGCUCGCUUCCGACCCCAGCUAUCUGGCGGCGCACCACCUCGCCCAGCAGCAGCAGCAACUUCAGCUGCAGCAUGAGCAGCAGCAGCAGCAGCAACAACAGCAACAGCAACAGCAGCAACAGCAAAUAGCGGCCUUGCCUCCUCCCCCUCCUCCCCCGGCGUUACUGAGCGGUCCGCAAAAGCAUUACCAGAUGCAGGAGGCGCAGAUUCAAAAGCAGCAAGAAGCCGCUCCUCCACAGCAGCAGCAGCAGCAGCAGGGGUCGCAUCAACAGGAGCAGCAAGGAGGCGGAGAAGCGGCCAAGAGCCCAGGAAACGGAGGAGACUGGGCCGGCAACGAAGGCGACCUUACAGCCAAGGUGCGUAAGCCCUACACCAUAACGAAGCAGAGGGAGCGCUGGACUGAGGACGAGCACAGCAAGUUCCUGGAAGCCCUCAAGCUCUACGGCCGCGCGUGGCGCCGCAUCGAAGAGCACAUCGGCAGCAAGACGGCCGUGCAGAUCCGCAGCCACGCGCAGAAGUUCUUCACCAAGCUGGAGCGCGACGGCACCUCAGCGGCGACCUCGCAGAUGGACAUCGAGAUCCCCCCGCCGCGGCCCAAGCGCAAGCCCGCGCACCCGUACCCGCGCAAGGCGGGUUCCGCCACCAGUUCGCAGCCGCAGCAGCCGCAGCGGCAGCACAGCCAGAACAGCCUUUCAAAGCCUCUCCAGCAGCCUGCACCCGCCCUCCUCCCCCCUCCCCCUCCGCCCCCCAAGGCACUGCUUCCGUGCAUGAAGCAUCCGCAGCUGCCGCAGCAGCCGGCGCAACCAACACAGGCUGUGCAGGUGAACCAGCCUGCAGCAGCGGUGCAGCAGGCGGCAGUCGGAGAGAGGAGCGCACACAAGGGGCUACAGGCAACUUCACCGCAGCAGGCAGAGGCAGAAGGAACAGAGCAGCAGCAGCAGCCGCAGCAGCAGCAGCAGCGGUCGAGCCGUCAGGUGUCCCAGGGGCUGAGUUCGCAGCGCACGCAGUCGCAGAUGUCGCGGUCGCUGGUGCCCGUGUCGUCCGACCAGUCGUGCGGCAACGAGCGCGCCGACGACGGCCACGAGUCCAAGUAUGUCUCCCCUCCCCAUGCCGCCGCGCCUGCCGUCGCCGUUGCUGCAUACAACGAUGUCAACGCUGCACACGCUGUGCGCUCGCCUGUAGGUAAGCGUGACGCUGCUGGUCCCAACGCGUGCAUCUCGCCGUUGUCGUCGCCGUCAGCACCCGGCGAUCAGCCCAUCCGGCAGUCGCCCGACCAGCGCAGCACUCUGAAGCUCUUCGGCAAGACGCUCGCCACCCCAGUCGCCAUGGCCGCACCACCCCAGCAGCGCCACCCGCAUCCCUGCCACCACCUGCUCCCAGAACCACCAUUCCUCUUGCCACCGCACCUGGUGCCGCUGGUACUGCUGCUGACCACAGCCCCCUGCGCUCGCCGUCGUUCCAUCCGCCUCUGCUGUCCCUUGCGACCCCCCCUCCUGCUCCUGCACCGCUCUCUGACCCGCACCACUGGCGCUUCAGCCAUGCGGCGGGAGGAGGAGGGCGAAGAUCCUCCCAUGGUGACGCGGUCACUGUCGCUUCCAGUCCCUCGGACUGCUGCUGUCCUCCCAGAGGAGUCGCAGGGCCUGUCACUCUCAGGGGCGCCACAGGGACACGGCAAGCGGGCUGCGGGGGCGGGCGCAAGAGGAGGGGCGGAUGAGCGUGGGCGCGUGGAGCACCUGAGGGUAGCGGCGGCGCAGCAGGCGCUGCGGUCGCUGAGCGUGACGGGGCACGACGCGUCCACGUCAGCGUGCGCCAGCUUCUCCGACCGCUCCGUCGUGCUCGAGUCAGGCCUCUCCACCGAGCCCCUCCCCGCCCCCACGCCGCAACCACCGCGCAUGCCGCAAGGGGCGGACCGCCGAGGUGUAUUAUCGGCGGCAGAGGCGCGUUUGGGACAUGGACGCGCGGGAGGGAGGGAGGAGGGAGCAAUGCGAGAGAUGGCGGAGGGCGGCCCAGGCGAUGCUGCUGUGGGCGCGGGCAAGGCGGAGGUGGAGAAGACGGGGGCGGAGGACGCACCAGCGAGCCCAGUCAAGGUUGCGACUCCCGCGGGCGUCAUCUCGCCCACGCUCCUCCCCGCCCUCUUCCAGCAGUCCGCCACAGCAGCGGCGCUCAAGCCAGGCGUGGCGCAGGCGCAGUACAUGGAGCAGCUGCUCGGGUACCCCCCUGCCCCGCCCCCCUUCAACCCCGCCGCCAACGCAGCAGCAGCCACAGCCGCAGCAGCUGCAGCAGCCACGGCCGCUGCGCUUGGCUCCUCUGCAGCAGCAGGCCUGGCUGCCAGCGCUGCGGCGAAUGCUGCUGGGCUGAGCCAGCAGCAGCAGGAAAAGGCGAGGGUGGAGACGGGAGGAGGGGAAGGGGAGGCAGGGCAAGGGAUGGAAGGAGUGGCAGCAAGUGAGAACGCCAAGCAAGGUGCGGCUGUGGCCGCAAUGGACGGUGGUGCAGCGAGUCCCAGCCAGCUUCCGCCAGGCGUGGCGUCGCAGUGGUCGCCAGCGCUCAUGCCAUCCAUGGCAGGUCUCUCAAUGCUCAAUGCCGCCGCUGCCGCUGCUGCCGCCACCACCGCUGCUGCUGCCACCACGGCUGCCCCCUCCCAUCGCCCCCCCUUCGACUACGCCGCUGCCGCCGCUGCUGCAGCAGCUGCUUCAGCGCGCGGUACUGCCACCUUCCAGGAAGCUGCUGCCUCAGCUCAGAUGGCUGCAGCAACUGCUGCCGCGAUGGGGCUGCAGUUUCCCGGGUGCUUCAUGCCGGGAGGCGAGGACGUGGUGCAGCAGCAGCAAAUGAUGUUCCCGUCGCCCUUCCCCUUCGUCGACUUCCACUCGCCCGGCUUCCACCCCAUGCACCACCCUGGCUACCUGCUCUCGCCCUACCGCGCGCCCAUGCCCCACCCGCACCCGGCGGCGGCGUUCCAGACGUUCGACUCGUACCUGCGCAUCUACGGGCCCGCCUUCGCCUCCAUGGGCGCCACCACCUUCGCCGCCUGGCACGCCCCGCGCCCCCAGCACCAGCAGCACCAGCUGCAGCAGCCAGGCCGCCCCCAGCUGCUGCCUGCCAGUCAUACUCCCGCCGCCGCCGCCACAGCUGCUGCGCCCUCUGGUUUGUGGCCCUCGGCGCCGUUUCUCGCAGCUCAGGCGGCAGCAGGUGGGACGGAGAGCCCUACCAAGGCUGUGGAAGCAGGCACGGCAGGCGGGGUGUCAGGUGCUGCCGCAGUGCCUCCAAGUGCUGCCACAGUAGCUGCUCCUGGCGCUGCCGCCACUGCCGGCAGUCUUGGCGCGGGAGCGGGUGCUGCUGCAAUCCUUGGCAGCACUGCUGCCGCCACUCUCGAUGUGCGGCUCUCGUCACCGCCAGCGCCUCCGCGCACCCUGUCAGACGACGACCCAGCAGCAGCAGCCAUGGCCGUGACCAUGGCAGCUGCGUCCGCGUGGUGGGCGCUCCAAGGCUCCAUGCCGCCCGGCGUCUUCCUCCCCAUGUCGCCCGCGCAGGCCUUCCGCCCCCCAUUCAACGGUGUCACGCCUCUCCCUGCCGCCGCCGCUGCUGCCACUGCUAUGCAGCUCGGGUGGCCGGGUGCAGGGGAGGGCGAGAACGGACGGAACGGUGGAGGUGGGGAGGCUGAUGCAGCCACUGCAGGUGCGCCUGGUGGAGGUCUUAGUGGUGCGGGCGUGACUCCUGGUGCAGCUGCGGAUGCCGGCUUUGUCAAAGCCACGCUUGCAGCACCCCAGCAGCCACAGCAGCAGCAGCAGCAGAAGCAGUUGGAGAUGGGUGGAGUGGUGGAGACAGGGGACGAUGGGGGGGAGGGGUCAUCUGGUAAGGCGAUUCCCGAGGGCGUGCAGGGCAAGGCUGAAGCGAACGACACGGCGUACAGCGCGUCGCAGAGCCAGGGGGGUGAGGACACACUCGGGGACACGGACAACGAUGGGGGGGGUGUGGGGCCAGACGAGGAGGGGGAGGAGGAUGAGGAGGAGGAGGAGGAGGAGGAGAUGGGGGGUGAGGAGGGAGGGUUUGUGGCGCGGGUGAAGGGCAGCAGGGAGGAGGGGCAGGAGGGGCAGGAGGGGCAGGAGGGGCAGGAGGGGCAGCACGAGGAGCUGCGGCUCAUGGCCAGCGAGCGGGAGGCCCUCGCCGCCAUGCUGCAGGGCGUGAACGCGGACGUGGAUGCUGACGUGGACGUGGACGUUCAGGAGUCCCAGCAGACGGUGGUGGGGUCGUCGGCGCCAACUGGAGCCAGCAAGGCGGCGGACACCGGCACAGAAGGGAAGCACGCAGGCAUGCGAACGUCCUUGCCUGGGCGUGCGGGUGACGCCAGGCCGCUCGUGCAUGGGCACAGCCCGCAGCAGCAUCAUGUGGAGCAGCACAGGAGCAUGGCCUUUUGCAGCGAGGCUCGCAAGGCCACCAUGAGUCCUGCAGACGGCGCCAUGGGGCCGUGCACCGACUCGUCGCCCUCCGUGUGGGGCUCCAACUCCACGCCGCCAGACAACGCCCACACGGCCAGGGUCAACGGUAAUGGAACCAGUGACAACGGACACACGCCUCAGAAGGAGCCCCACAGGAGGCAGGGUGAGCUGGAUCAUGGGCAGCAGCGUGUGGCGCUGGCAGCAGGCGAGCAGCAAGGCCGCAACAAGGAUGCCUGCUGCUCCACCCCCCCACUCCCACGCAGCCCUGCUGCUACUGCGCCUGCUCCCGCUCCCGCUUCUCGGCCUGCUGGACUGCCUGCCAGCCCCACCAACCAAGGUGCUGCUGGCGCCACUGCUGUCAAUGCUGCCACUGCGGUGGCCGGUGCUGCUGCUGCUGUGGCUGUCUCAAAGCAGGAGAAGUGGAGGCUACCCCGUGAAAGGGGCCGCGCGCCACAUGCACACAACCACACAGCACAUGCGCAUGGGCAUGGUCAUGGGCACAGGCAUGGGCAAGCGCACAUGGACCGCAGCGGGUCGAACAUGGGUGCGAGUGCAGCAGCGUCGACGGCAGAAGCAGCGGGCACUGCAGUGGCGGACAAGAGGGAGCAGUCGAACCUCAUUCGCAAGCUGCGCUCCAUGGAGAAGUUCAAAGUCCGCCACGCCGCUGCUGCGCCCAGCGGCGGCGCCGCUAAUGGCGCUGAAAGUGCGGUGGGCGCUGCCACUGCCACUGCUGACGAGGUCAGUGUGAAGAUGAGCGCCUGUGGCCCAGGGGUGGGCCACUCCAUGAGCGGCAGCAACACGCCCCCCCCCGUCACCAGACCAGCCCCGCCCUCUGCAACGAAACCCGUGCCAGCGGAUGGCACAGGGGUGGAAACAGCAGCGGCAGGGGUAGCAGAGCAGCAAGGGGACGUCCGCGCCACCCCCUCGUCCUCGGGAAGCCGCGGGCAGAACGGCAACGUGGGGGGCAGUGGCAGCGGCACCAAGAACGAGGGCGCGGGGGGGCCCGAGGGCUCGGGGGAGAACGGGCCUAGCUCCAACUCGUCCGAGUGCGGGAACGAGGCGGGCGGGGAGAGGCUGGGGAGGUCGAGCGACGGGGGAACGAGACUGGCUGACGGUGAUGCUGGUGGGGAGAGUGAUGGGAAAGAUGUGGAGGAAAAGGCAGAGGCGGUGAAGCAUGUGGACGAGAGGCGUGAGGGGGAGGGGGAGGAGGAAGAGAAGGAGGAUGAGAACAACGAAGAGGAGGACGGUGAGGGUGAAGAGAUGGAUGCUGCGAGGCCAAAGGAGGAGGGGACCAAGAACGAGGGGGAACGAGUUGGAGGUGGUGACGAUCGGAGUGCCAAGAGGAGGAAGGUGCAGGCGGACACGGCAGGGGAGGACGGGUGCUCGAGGGUAGUGGGAGGGCCGCCGCAGGGCAGCAGUGCGCCCACGGCUGGCAGCAGGUCGCACACGCCGCUCAGCCUCACGGUGCCGCAUGCGCUGGUGGUGGGGCAGCACAGGCGAGACACGGUCAGCGCUGCCGAGGCGCAGCAGCACAAGGAGGGCGGUGGCGACACCAACGCUGGGGAUGGCCUGGAGCAGCUGCUUGGGAAGAAACGAGGCGGGCAGGAGAUGGGAGUGGCUGGUGGGGAGCGCAAGGGCGAGGAGGCGGAGGGGUCGGCGAAUGAAGCGCGAGAAAGUGCAGCGAGGCCCGGGCGUACGGAGACAUCGCAGGUGGUGGGCGCAGGCAGGCGCGAGCUGCGAGGCGACGGCCAGUCCGUCUUCCGACCGCUGCACAGCCUCCCCCCUAAGGUGACGCCCCCACAUGCCCCUCCUCGCCUCCUCCCCCCUCCCCCCUCCAAGACCGUCGCCCCACCUGUAUGUGCGGCCGCCCAGGAUGAAGGCACCCCGGCUGACGCUGCUGCUGCCAGCGCUGGCGGUGAAAGAAGGGAAGGAGACAAGGGCGGUGAGGCAGGGACGAGGGAGGAGGGCGAAGUGGCGCGUACGGUUGGGAGAGUGGACGAGGAGGUGCGAUGGAAGGAGGGUGAGACGAGACAGCGGCGGAGAGGCAAGGAGAAGCGGGCAGUGGGGGGUGAGGCGGUGUUGGGGCAGGAGAGCCGCAAGCAUGGGAGGGACGAGGAGGAGAAUAAGGAACGCGUGUGUGAUUUGACUCAAGACAGGAGGCAGCAGCACGUGCACCAGCACCAGCACCAGCACCAGCAUCAGCACCAUCAUCAGCAGCCCCCUAGCAGCAACGCCCCAUCUCUCCUCGCGGGCAUGCGCAUCGUGGGUCCAUCACUGCCCAUGCCCUCCUCCCCCAGUGCGGAUCCCUCGUCCAGCAACAGUGCAGGGGCGGGCGUGCACCAUCACUUCCACUACCACUACCACAGUGCCGUCAGCAGCGCCAAGCACCGCGCUGCCUCCUCCAAGCAACCCACCACCGCUGCUACGGCAGCUGCUGCCAUUGCUGCUGCUGCUAAGGUUGAGGCUGUUGUCUCUGCUGCCGGUCCUUCUGCCGCCCUCAGUGCUCCCUCAGGCCCGGAAACCCCGAGCCUGAGGUCUGGAGAAGGGGGUGAGGGCUACGGGGGAAUUGUGCAGUGCAGCAAGGGGGAGAGCAGCGAGCUGGGGGAGGGGGCGGUGAAGGAGGUGGGGGAUGGGGGAAGGGGUGGGAAGAGCAGUGGUGCAGUGGACGAUGGUAUGGCUGACGAGAGAAAGACAGCUGCCCUGCUGCAGGCCGAGGCAGUCCACAGGUGGAACACUGAGGGCGCUCCGGGGGUUGACCUGCAGUGCAGGGAGGCAGGGCCACACGGGAUGAAGGCCCGCCUGCCCGACAAGCUGCUGGGCGACGCGGCAAGCAAGCAGGGCGAGCGGCACCGGCCACGGCAGUACCAGCAGAAGCACCACCACAAUCACCGCUUCCACCCCUACAGCCCGCACAAGGAGCACAAGGAGGCGAGGAAUGGGACAGGGUAUGGUGUGAUCGCUGCUAACAUGCCUGACAGGGAUGUCAACUUCGAAAUGGGGGAGCGGGAAGGCGAGCAGAUGCAACAGGACGAGGGUGGAGGGGUUGUGAUGCGGCCCUGAGAGGGAUUGUUGAUAGGAUUCUUCAUAAAAGGUGGCCUGUUCUGACUUAAUUGCAGGCUACCUGUGCCUUAAGCUGAUGUAAGUUUGAACAUUAUUAUUGAUUUCCUCGCCCAUUCCUCGCCUGAAUUGCCCAUG